UAAUAUCUUAUAUGCAUUCAAAUGAGCCAUCUUCUUUUAUACUGCUGUAUAUCCAUGGUAUUGACAAUUCGUUGGUGUCUCUUUCACGGACUUGGCCGCAACAUUUCUUAACCUCGAUCCGAAGUGAGGGUGAUGAAAAUACAAUUGCACCUACUCAGUGUACCGCCGACCAGCAUUGCCACCACAACAACAAACUAGACCCUACAAAGUUUUGGCAGUAGCCUCCUCUCGUCCAACCCCAAUCACCCAAAUUGCCCUGCUUCCUGUGGAGCUCACCGCCAAGGUGCACGGUGCACCUCACUCACUCAACCACCUACCCACAACCAGCCAUGGUAGUUUGAAAACCAAGAAGAACCAGAAGAACCAACUCAAGUUCGGCCACCACGAGAAUAAGAAGCACUCAAUCCCAUGGAGAAGAAAGAACCAGAGAGAGAGCCCGCUUAGAUUCAUGGCGGAUAAUGCCUUGGGGCGCUCGCGAAUUGCAAAGGCGCCCUCCCCAAACGCACUAGAGAUUUUCAGCCACCUUACCUGCCCUAGUCAAUGGUAUCGCCGGGCGGGUUGGACCUGGUUUCAAUACUCGUCCAUGGGGGCUUUUGCUGGCGACAAAGUUUGAGCAACGCCGGUUAGGUGAACUAGCUUGAUCCCCGGGCCAGACGCUGGAGACGGUGCUUGGUGGUCGUCCCCAUGCUCAAUCUUCACAGUCGCCCCGAUAUGAGGGUACUGAGGUGCUUUGGUGCUGCUCUUGUCAGUUGCUGAUAGACCCAUGGCAGAGGAGAGAUCUCCUAGUGACGGUGGUGAACCCCUUUUCAAUGUUUACAGUCUAGCCACUGAAUGAAGUGAGGUGUUUGGAGAAUUCGGAUUGCUAAAACUUUGGAUAGGAGUGAGUAUGAGUCGAAAGUCCGAUUGACUGUCAUCGUGUUCCUAGUUGUGGGAUUCGAAAUGGCUACUGCUUUGGCCCCAUCAUACCAACCCAGUGGGACUAAUGCCCUUCCAAGUCAGUACCAGAGCAGUAAUAUAGUGACAGAGUGGCUGACCUUUCUCCAGUUGGGUCAAUAUGCAAGAGAGUUCUUGGACAAUGGUUAUGAUGAGUUGGAGAUAGUCAAGCAGAUCGGCCCUGAGGACUUGGAUGCCAUCGGAGUGGUGUCCAUUCACCAUCGAUCAUUCUUGUUGGAUGCCGUGCGGGUUCUUAGGGAACAAGGUGCUGCUUGGGUUUACCUUCUAUUGGGGGCUCAAGAACGAGUGGAUCAGGAGUACUAUGACUCGGGGGACCGAGUGUCGGCCUCUUCUGGGAUUGCUUCGGCGUCCUCCAUGCCAUGGCCAGAGGAUCAAGAGCUAUCAGGUUCAUCAUGCGACUGUGAUCCGGCCUUAUCUAAUGGGCACUCUCAAUGUUCCAACUCCAGACCCCGGAGUCGCCGAGGAUCCCGCAAUGCUUCGGCUAGACGAAAGCGAGCUCAACAUUGCAAUCAUCAUUGCCAAAACCUGAACUGCCAGCACGGUAAAGGGGGUCGACCCAACUCGAGAUGUAGUCCGGUUUCUUCUCACGGUUCCAAUUCACCCCGGGUCCUCGGCCGGGAUGAUACUCCGAGCAUCGAGCAAUCGUGUAUGACCGAGACCACGGACUGUCCGUCUGAAGUGUCGGUUUUGACGUCGAUCUCCAAUGUCCGGGGCCAAGGAUUCAAAAGAGGCUUGUCAAAUUCAUCAAGUCAUCCCGCGACCCCUCUGUGCGACUUUCGGGGCAUUGUGAAUGGUGGGAUGAACUUGGCCCAGGACGAUAUCGAGGCCAUUCAAUUAGCCCCAUCACAGUUACCCAACACUCACCUUCAACAACGACAACAACAACAACAACAACAACGGAGCGGAAAGUCGUUGUCAGGCCCAACUCAUUCACAUCAAUAUCUCCCGUCAUCGGUUCCCACAUCAUCUGCCACUCGAGACCAAGGGAUGGGAUCGAGACCCACCACUAAGUUCACACCUGUGCAACUUCGAAUGCUAGUCAGGGAUAGGUUGAUCCGAGAGGGCAUCCGAUUAUCUUCUCACCCCUACACAUCUACGAAGGGUGACAGCUAUCUGAUGGGCCUGUCAGCCCGAUACGCUCAAGAACUGGGCACGUCCAUCCAUCGAGUUCUUCAACAAUUGGAGGAUCUUCGCUUAGCCGAAUGGAGUGAUCACGCCCCUCCUCCCCCCUCAGUGCCCAAUGGCCAUAGCUCCCAUUACUUUGUCAACCCUGUGGACCGAACAUACGUCAAUAUGGCCAACAACCGGGGUGGCAAUCACAGUCUUGAACCAAUCUAUGUGCCUGGUCAAUAUCAGCCGUCAAGUUGUCUGAGCAAUCAUGAAGGCCAGCAAAUCUAUGAUUUUGCCGCCAAAUACCGUUCCCAGAUGCGGCAUCAUCAUGCCAAGCAUCUCAUGUCUCCUCAAACAUGGAUCAAUUUUGCCCGGAAGGUCAUAUCCAAGGCGUCCAAUUCGAUUGCCAUAAGCAACAGUCCUGGCUCAACCAAAGGGGAUGCAAGUGGUCCAAAUCGAGCAUUCCCGCAUUCCGUCAGCGAAUCCCAUCUUCCCUCCAUGAAUCGACAUCAGAACAUAAAUUACACACCAACGGGAUCUGCUCAAACCGGUCAAGUCUAUCACCAACGCCAUCAACGUCCUGGAAGUCCGGAUAGGGUAACCGUGAUGAAGACUAAGGUCCUGUAUCAUAGUCAGGGUGACUUUCGUUCGCAAAUCGACGCCAACACGCUCAUUGAAUAUGGCCACCAUGAAGCUGCCGUUUAAACCCGCGGUUCAUUUACCACUUAGGAUGAAUUUGUGAUAUCUGUCUGAUUUUGUAAUCCAUUGCACAUUCCAUACUGACCAGAAUGAACCAUAUUUCAUUAAUUGUCUCUUUUGUCAUGAAAAAAUAAAAGCUAUGCAAAUGA